AUGACUAUAUCCUAUACCAAGGAGAAAAAGGUUGGUGAAGGUACCUAUGCCGUAGUAUAUCUUGGUAAACAGUUGCCAUCGGAGAGAAAUAUUGCCGUUAAGGAAAUAAAGGUUGGUACUUUCAAGGACGGAGUAGAUAUGUCUGCAAUCAGAGAAGUCAAAUACCUUCAAGAACUAAAACAUCAGAACGUAAUAGAAUUGGUUGAUGUAUUUGAUGAAGAAGGGAAUAUAAACCUGGUUUUGGAAUUCCUGCCCAUGGAUUUGGAAAUAAUAAUCAAAGACACCUCCCUGUUGUUUCAACCGGGAGAUGUGAAAUCUUGGAUGUUGAUGACCUUGAGGGGCUUGCAUCACUGUCACCGAAAUUUCAUUCUACACAGAGAUUUGAAGCCCAAUAACCUACUCAUAAGCCCAGAUGGGGAGUUGAAGAUUGCAGAUUUUGGUUUGGCAAGGUCAUUAAGCCAGCCUAACGAGAGGCUCACCAGUAAUGUGGUAACUAGGUGGUAUAGGGCACCAGAGCUAUUGUUCGGAGCUAGACAUUAUACUGAAGUCAUCGAUGUCUGGGCUGUAGGUAUCAUUUUUGCUGAACUCAUGUUGAGGACCCCUUAUCUACCAGGAAAAGACGAUGCUGAUCAGUUGACAGUAACAUUUCAGGCAUUAGGUACUCCAACAGAUAAAACGUGGCCAGGAGUUUCCACGUUGCCCCUCUACAAAUCCCUACACGUGUACCCCGAGCCCUCAAGAGCAGAACUACUCAACCGCUUCGGAGCAGCUUCAGAGGAAGCGUUAAAUUUGAUGAUAGCUAUGACUAGGAUGGAUCCUAACAAGCGUUGUUCCACAGAGGAAGCUUUGACUUGUAAAUACUUUACGGAAUAUCCACCUCCAACAAAGCCUAUAAAUCUCCCCAUGAAAACCCAGAAAAAACGAGAGUCGGAAGAAGAUUACGAAAGUAAUAAGCGUUGA